GACUUGCGUACACGCACCUCAACUUACGCAUAUUCUAGUGAAAAGUUGAAAAUGGUUGGUUUUCACCAAUAUUUCAUUUUAGUGAUUUUACUUGAAUACAGAGGAGCGACUACACUGACUACUCUUAAAGGGUUUCUAACAAUAUCUCUGGAUAAAGAACAUAAGUCAGAGAAGUUGAAGUUAGCUCCAGGAAGCACAAUAGUACUGGAGAGUGGACCGGAUGGAUAUCCAGAAGGAAUCACCUCUAUCGAUACUUUUAUUGCGGAUCCUUCUUGUUCCUUGUUAAUGAAAUGUUCAAGAUUUGAUCUACAGGCACCACGUAGCAAGGAUAGCAAAUGCACAAAAGAUUUUCUUCUGAUUAACUCAAGUUUUGGAAGUGGUUACAAGGAAAAACACUGCGGACAGGACACGUUUCUUCAGUCGAGUAGAAAUUUUGGAAACCGCCUGGUUUUAAGAUUUAAAAGUGGUAAAGAUGGUAUACCUGGAUCAGGACUUUCAUGUGAGAUCACAUGUUGUCCCCUGGAGUCCCUCAGUAGUACUAUCCUAGAGGUUGGAAAGGAAAGCCCUGUCCCACCUUUGCAAGCGUGUUUUGGGACAACACAGACCUCUCCCACUUGUGGGAUUAAAGGGUCUCUAGGCAAUAUUAUUGGAGGACAGGAGACUAAGGAGAAUGAUUAUACCUGGAUGGGUAUGUUGACCCGAGCUGACCCACAGAGGAAAAAGCUAGCAGCGUUCAAAGAUUUAAAUAUUACAGAUUUGCCGCGGACUCAUGUUCCGUUCUGCGGUGGGUCUCUGAUCAGUCCGAACUGGAUCCUUACAGCAGCCCACUGUACUUUAACACAAGGGGGACUAACACAACCCCACAAAUACAGGGUGGUACUGGGAGAAUGGAGAAGGACGGUUGAGAGUUCUAAUGUUCGUGUUCAUGAGCUCUCUAUUCAGCUCCGACAUCCUUCCUACUUCACCUCUAACUACGACAACGAUAUUGCUCUGUGGAAGUUGAAAUCUCCAGCAAAUUUAAAUCUAUUCAGGGUCAUCUGCCUUCCUGUGCCAGGGACCCGACUGAGGAACCCCCUGACAGUAUCAGGUUGGGGAGUAACUGAAGACGGUUCAAAUAACCUUGCUGAUAUUCUCCUGGAGGUUAAAGUUAUAGCUGUGACUCAGGAGAAAUGUGCCGCAGCCUUGCAACCAUACCAGGUAACAAGUAACAUGAUAUGUGCUGGUGGAGAACCAGGGAAAGAUUCUUGCCAAGGAGAUAGCGGGGGUCCACUCAUAGGCGAGAAUGCGGACCAGUCUGGAGAAUGGCAUCAGGCUGGUGUGGUGAGCUGGGGUCUGGGCUGUGGUAGGUCUGGAAAGUACGGAGUUUAUACCAAGGUUUCAAACUACUACGAGUGGAUACAGGAUACAAUUAAAAACUUAUGA